AUGAUGGUGCCUCUGCUUAGUGCUUUGAUUCUUUUUGCUUUUAUUCCAAAUGGAUUGUUAGCAGUUCCUUCCACCUUCGUACUUUCUUAUACCAUUGAUCUCUACUUGAUAUGUUCUAUGCUGUAUGAAUCGUGUAGGGCUAAUCUGAAAGCUAAAGGAAUAGGGGAUUUCGGUUUUGUUGGACGAAGGAGUUUGGGUAUUCUACGGGCCUCUGAAAAUGCAUUGAAGGAAUCUAUAAAUUACCAAGUCAUUUCUCCAUAUGAUCUGGCGAAGUCUGUUAUAACUGAAGCGGGCUGGUCAAAAUUUCUGUGCAAAGGAAAGAAAUUUCAUGAGCCUCUGGAUCUGGCACUUUUAUUCGUUGGUAGGGAGCUACAAUCUUCAGAUUUAAGCAUGAACAAGCAUGCUGACUCAUCCCUUUUAGACCUGCUCAAGAUCUCUUUUGCCAGAUCCAACACGUCUGUGGCAUUUCCCUAUGUUUAUGCAUCAGAGGAUUUGCUUUUGGAAAACACAUUGGUUUCAGGAUUUUCUGAAGCCUGUGGAGAUGAUAUGGGAAUUGCCAAUGUUGCUUUCCAUGGAUCCUGCUCCAUGGGUGGUACAAAUCAUGAAGAAAUCACAGCUUUGCAAUCAGUACAAGACUAUUUGACAAAGAGGAUGGAAGAUAGUCACAGAGGGAAAACAGAUUUGGUUGUGUUCUGCAAUGGAGGCUCUCAAGCUGUUAAAAAUGUUGACGGGGCACAAUCUGAAGGGGAAGUUUUAUCUAAUGUUAUCAGUUCUGUGGAGGAAUCUGGUGCAAAGUAUGCUGUUCUUUAUGUGUCAGAUCCCUCCAGGUCAAUCCAGUAUCCUUCUUACAGGGACCUGCAAAGGUUUCUAGCAGAAAGUACUGAAUCAAACAAAUCCACAUCUUGUGAUGAAGUCUGCCUGCUUAAAUCAUCUCUUUUGGAAGGAAUUUUAGUGGGUAUAGUUUUGCUAAUAAUUUUGAUAUCGGGUCUUUGCUGCAUGAUGGGAAUUGACACCCCAACAAGAUUUGAGACGCCACAAGAGUAA